GUCUCUUCUCACGUACUUUAGCGUCUGACGUCAUACUUCACGUUUCAACGAGAGUCUCAUAUGUUGGUGAAGCGACGUUAUGUACGUAGUCAUUGUUUGCAGACGUGAGAAGAAGCAAUAUGGCGUCGACUAGCCGUGGAGAUCUUCUUCCCAAGGUGCAAUGCCCCAACCACCCAGAUGCCCUUCUGGUGGAGGACUACCGAGCCGGGGACAUGAUCUGCCCCGAAUGUGGACUCGUUGUGGGUGACCGGGUCAUUGACGUUGGUUCCGAGUGGAGGACUUUCAGCAAUGAGAAAGCCACUAAAGACCCGUCUCGUGUGGGCGACGCCCAAAAUCCCCUCCUCAACGGGGGAGACUUGACGACCAUGAUCAGCAAGGGAACAGGUGCCGCCAGCUUUGAUGAGUUUGGAAACUCCAAGUACCAGAACCGCAGGACCAUGAGCAGUUCAGAUCGAGCUAUGCUAAACGCUUUUAAAGAGAUUACCACCAUGGCAGACAGAAUCAACCUACCCAGAAACAUUGUAGACCGAACAAAUAACUUAUUCAAGCAAGUCUAUGAGCAGAAGAGCCUGAAGGGCAGGAGUAAUGAUGCUAUCGCUUCAGCUUGUCUGUAUAUUGCCUGCAGACAAGAGGGUGUCCCACGUACAUUCAAAGAAAUCUGUGCGGUGUCCCGAAUUUCCAAGAAGGAGAUCGGCCGGUGUUUCAAGCUGAUCUUGAAGGCCCUAGAAACGAGCGUGGAUCUGAUAACAACCGGGGACUUCAUGUCUCGUUUCUGCUCCAACCUGGGCCUGCCCAAGCAGGUGCAAAUGGCCGCCACGUACAUCGCCAGGAAGGCGGUGGAGCUGGACCUGGUUCCUGGCCGCAGCCCCAUCUCUGUGGCCGCGGCUGCCAUCUACAUGGCUUCCCAGGCAUCCGCUGAGAAGAAAACCCAGAAAGAAAUUGGAGACAUUGCUGGAGUUGCAGACGUGACGAUCCGGCAGUCUUACAGACUCAUUUACCCCCGCGCUGCUGAUCUCUUCCCCCCGGACUUCAAAUUCGACACUCCAGUCGACAAACUGCCUCUGCUGUGAAAUGUGUGCUUUCUACAGUUUUCUGCUUUUUUGUAUUUUUAGUUUUUUUAAAUUGAAUUUCUAAGGACAAUAACUUGAUUUGUUUUGCUGUUAAUACCCAAACCUGUGUAAAGACGUUUGCGGAAAUACAAAAGUACAGGACACACAUUCCAAAGCUUUAACAAAUUGCAGACUGUACUUACAGUAUUUCGUUUGUGUGUACAUAUACUGUAUAUAUAAUAAUGUCCAGGUGAGAAAUGUAAUCGGUGUUUCAUUGCAGUUUAAUGGCUGGUUUAAUACUGUACCCUUUCUUUUGUAGGAAAUGAGCAAGUUAUAUUUUGUUAGUGGUAUGCAAUAAAAACACACUUUUCUGAACAGCA